AUGCGGCUAUCGAUUGCAAUCAGCCUCAUUUGUGCAGCUCACUUGCUCACAACAGGUAAUGAGGGUCUUUAAGUUCAAUUGAGCUUCAUAGAUGGUCAGAACUAAGGGUUUGACUAGGGUACUGUCUGCUUGGACGUUUGCUCGAUUUGAAUUUUUAAUCUUUUCAUGGUCUUGAGUUAACAAAAACUAAAACCUUGGUCCGGAUGAAGCUUAGGAGCUGUAGUAUAUUUUGAAUUUGCAGUUAAAGUCUGCUGGUUGCCUCUUCAAGAUCUUGAGUUGACUGAAGCUUUAGCUUGGCUCAAAAAUAGAGAUUAGGCUUUGGAGUUCUUUGGAGUCGGUUCGGCAGUACUUUUAAAAGCCUGCUGUUUGCUUUUUCAAUGCCUAGAGUUUGGGAUGUAGUCUCUUCAGAGGUCGCCUUGAAAAAUCGAAUCUACAACAUUUUAACCUACUUGAAGCUCUAGAAAUGAUUAUUUUGCCUAGAUUUUGUAGUAGUUUGUUUGAAAAGCUCCUGGUUCAAUUUAUUUUCAGAAGUUUUUAAUUUCUUGAGCUGGAGGUCUAACGGUAGAUCAAAGUUAUAAAGCUUAGGCGUAUGAGUUGAAAUAUAGUCUGUCCUGGCUUAAAUCAAAAGUUUCAGUUUGCUGAGUUUUCGAGAAUUUUGUCAGGAGUGUUAGAUACAGUAAAUGUUUGUAAAGACACUGGGGAAAUUCAAAAAAAUUUAUCAUAGCGAGCUCUAGACUGCUGGUGUGUUUGAGCCUUUCGUUCAUAUUUCAAUAGUUUUAAACGAUACCUUGGCUUUUCGAAACUGUAUGGUAGCUAUCCGUGACUGAAUCCUAUUUUUGACUUUUUCGAGGGAGUUCGAGCCAGCGACCUUUUCUCCGUCUGACAAAAGCCUUGCCGACUGAGCUAAGAUUCCCGAUUAUUUAAAGUACGUGUCCUAGCGUCCACUAAGCAGAGAUCCAUCAUAGUCCCAGAAGAACUUUGACCUAUCCUCUACAAAAAAGGAAAGCUCAAGGUUGGACGGUUGGAAAAGAGAAAAAAAAAGUCGAAGCUCCUCGGGCCAAUUACGUCGACUGCGGCCCAUUCAAGUCACAUCCAAUUUGGCGCCGUUCUUUUUCGGUCGGAUGAGUUCGAUCCACUCAAUUUCCUUUUUCUCGGAGGCAGCAAAAGGAAAAAAAAAUGAGAAUGGUCUGUAAUAAUUGAUCGAAGCUGGCUUGUGUACGUUUCAUGGAUGCUUUAUUUCGAACAAUGAAGUUUAUGAAUCGUUAGCGAGGAAUGAACUGGUUUUUUGAAGAAAAAUUGAGACGAGCUUCAAGAAAAUUAUAAAGGAUAAUGGUUUCAAAUCUAAAACUACCUGGAAUUAUUGAAGUCGCGCGAGCAAGGUUUCGCGGCGAAAAGCCUUUUCUAUUGUUAAUUUAAUCUCUGCGUCUUUAAAGAAUCGUCAUGAAUCAAUGAUUUUUUUAAUUUUGUUACUUUUGUCUUCAUAUAGCUGAUUCACGGCUGGCUCGAGCCAUCGAAAAAAAGGGUCCAGACACGAUAAGAAAAGAGACAGUGACUGUUUGGUGGAGAGCGCAGACAGGCCACGUCUUUUUGCGUAUCAAGCUAGUCCUGAAUCGGUUAUAUUUCUCAGGACGUGAGAAAAGUUAUUGUCGAAUAAUAAAGGGUUUUGAGUCGUUCAAAGGAGCAUAGAAAGAGUUUUGAAAGGUUUCAAGAGCCACUUUUCUUUCAAAAUUCAUGCCAAGGACGAUUUUCUUCUUACUUAACUAUCCCGAAAUUUGCUUUAAAUCGAAUAAAAGAACUCCAAUUUGGGUUUCCUGUUCAUUUUCACCUUUGACUUUGCAGUUUCCGGAUGUCUUCCUGGCUAUGAAGCCGAAAGGGAUCGGCUCCGCGAGCAUCUUGGAAUCGAGUGGGUUCCGCAUGGUCUCGACGCGAAUAGUACGGUUUUUUUAUUCAUUCUUUGAUUUGAAUUCUCCAAAUAUCUUUUUUCUUCUUUUCUUUUUUCCUUUGUUUCCAGAAGUUUUCUCAUAAUUUUAACUCUCUAAUCAUCAUUUCAAACAUUUUCAUUCGUUUCAAAGCAAUUUUCGUGCGGAUUAUCCCUUUUUUGCAUAGAAAUGUGUUGUUUCAGCGGGAAUUUUUUCCCUCUAAUUUGCCAUCCUAUGAAGCUUGACGCAAAAAAAGGCGUUUCAAAACAAAUGGGUCGGAGAACGGGUAUUUUGCGCAAUCACAUCGCUUUUCUUGCGCCUCUUCCUCCCGAACAGGAAUUCAAAGACUUCUGGACUUUGAAAAUCUUUGGUUGUUCCGAGAAAAUGAAAAUCUAUGGUAUUUUUGAUUUUGAAAUUGAGAGAAAAAACGCAGGAAAUUCGGAGUUUUUGAUGAAAUGAAUAAAAAUUUAGAAGCUAGUUUUUUCGUACCUAAAUAUUCCAAUAUUACUUUUUUUUUAAAAAUGCAUAAAACCCUUUCUGGAUCGUCUAAAAAAGCAUGAACGGAUAUCAUGAAGGUCUCGAAGCGAAAAGCCGUUUUAUUAUCAUUUUGCUUCAUUUAAAAACCUCUAAACUUAACCCACCGUAGGAUUUUUUUUUUUGGCAAAUCAAAAAUUCACCACUAACUCCCUGGCAAGGGAUGUCAUUUCACUUUGCUUUUGGGAUAUUCCUGGAAAUUGGCUUGAACACUUCUUGAUGACCCAGAAGAAGAUUCUGAAAGCCUUCAACUUCCCAACUUUCUACUUCUCGAGAAAAGCCGCUCCAAGUUCAAAAAAUCGCUCAAAAUCCAUAAAAUGAGCUAUUUUGGGUGUUUGGAACCUUUUUUUGGAGAACUAGGAAGUUGUGCAGAUUGAGACUUUCAGCAUCCUCUUCUGGUACAUUAAGAAGUUUUCUGGCGAAUUUUCAGGAAGUUUCCAACCGUGAACUAAGAUGACCUUCCCUAUAGGUGAACGAGGAAAAUCGUUUUUUUUUUAUUUGAUAUUCAUUGCUCAUAUUACUGAUUAUUUCGAAAAAACGUCCAUUCUUUUCUAGGCUGGUCAGACAAGCCGGUCCGACACUCCUCGGAUUUGAACUGUGACUUCACGAAUCCGGAAAGAUGUCGCUGGAAAAACAUGGAGGAUCGUUAUCGAUCCGAUUCUGCGGUUGGAAUUUAUUCUAGUUGGACCUGAGAACUCCCCAAACUUGUUCAGGACUUUCAUCUUUUCGAGAAAAUCGACUUCACCGAGUUUCCAGCACUGCGAGUUGGGCCGGGACCGACCAAUGUUAAGCAAGGUUUUUAUUUUUGAUUUAUAGAUGGUUUUUUUGAGAGGGAAAAAAAUCUUUAGAAAAAUGAAGAUUAUUCAUUUUCCUGCAGGUAUCUAUUGGGCUAUAUAUUUUUCAAGUUAAAUCAAGAUUUUUUUGAUUAAAAAAAUUUCAUGAGCUUCAUUUUCCAUACAGAUAGGAACUCGUUAAAGGAAUUGGAGCCGUCUAGAAAAAUUAAGAUUGAAAUUUGAAAAAUAUUUUAUCUCAUCGUUUUUUUUUGUUAUCAAUCAAUUUUGAAUAUUUUACGGUUAUUUGGUACCCUUUCCUUUUUUUUCCUCUCUUACUUAAGCGCCGAAGGAUUUUUUUCAAAGCUUAAGGGGGGGGCAAAAAAACAAGAAAGAAAAAGUAUAUAUACAGUUAUUCAGCAUCGUUUUUCAUUUUUUUCCUCUAACUUGAGCGCCGAAGAACUUUUCAAAGCUUUUUAGUCUUCAUAGAAUAGGAGGGAGGGGGGCGAAAAAAAGGGAAAAAAAGGGGGAUGAAAAAAAGCAAGUAAGAAAAAGUAUUUAUACAGUUAUUUAGCACCCUUUUCAUUUUUUUUUUCCUCAAAUUUAACCGCUCAAAGAUUUUUCAAACCUUGAGCUGUUUUUUUUUCUUCUCCGAGCUGUAAUAUUUCAACCCGGAAUUCUAGGCGAUAAGAUGAUUUUCACGGGAGACAAGAAACGAGAAGAACAGCACACGAUUUAUUUCUCCUCCCCCAUCAAUUGCCAGAACUCGACCGGAAAUUUGACCUUUCACGUGAGCUUCUCAGUCCUUCCGAUAAUCUGAGGAAGAAGCUCAGAUACUGGGUCUACAACGGAGCCCGAGUCGAGGUGGUUCUUUUCGAGGACGACGGCCAAGGGGGCUUCAAAAUGGUCUUCGAUAAUCCGGCCGAGGAAAAGCCUUAUGUUGAUUGUGGUAAUUGAGAAAAUUGGUUACGUUCUCAAUUUUUAUGUGAUUCAAGGUACAAUUCACCUGAAUACGGAAUGCCAUGCAGAUAUCCCUCCGCGGGACAAGCCUUUCAGGUGGGCGAAGAUUGAGUUAUUUAUUCGUUUUGGAUUUAUUGAUUUAUUUCCGCUCUAAAAUAAAUACACAUGGUACAGAAUAGACAUGGAAUAAAAAAAUGUUAUUUCGAAAUAUCAAGUUUCGUUUUUCGGCCAAAUUUCUUUUGUCUGGAAAUUCAUGAAAUUUUAAAAUACGGCUUUAUGUUGGAGAAAGGUUUAUUUUUAGUUUAUUUUAGACAUUCAGUUUCAAAGUUUUGGCCUGGUAAAGUUGGGUAAAAAUAAAUAAAUCGAAAGGAUCUAUCAGAUUUAACCAAUUUUCUGAUUUUUUUUUCGACCGUGCUCAGAAAAAAUGAGAAAAUGUGUUACUGAAAAAGGUGUGAAGAUAAUUUAAUAAAAAGAUAAAUUCAUAUCAUUCGAAAGGACCAAAAUGCUUUUUCUCGAAAAAGAAAAUCAUGUCAAAUCAUUGCAAAAAAUCUAUCGAUGUAAAACUUUUCAAAAGGCAAAAUUGCAAUUUUUAUUGCGUGCUGAACUGUUCACUUGAAAAUUUUCAAUGAUUUCUAGUUUUUAAGGAAAAAAAAAGUUCAAAAUGGACGGGACAAAAGUUUGAAUUGCCGCCGAACUUGGUGGCCGGAGAAUAAAAUCGCUUUUUUCAUCAAAAGUACUCAUAUCUGUGAUUCCUUCAUUCGAUACGCAACAAGAAGACUAUAAGAUACUUAUUUCAUCUCAAAAUCCGUUUCUUCACUCUCUUCUAUCUUCAUCCAAUCAAAAUUCGCAGAAUCGGCAUUCGCGCCUACGAAAUGUCGAAUCCAGACGGCUCGUUCGUCCUCAUCGACAACAUUUUGUACAGCGCCAGCCUGUGCAAAGUCGGAAGUGAGCAGAAGACGUCGUUCUUCUGAAAUAAAAGAGUGUUCAGUCGACGUCGGCGACGACUUCCAGACGACGGGCCUGCAGACGGGCGCCACGGGUCAGCCCAUCCGAACGGCUUCUGAUUUGGACUGCCAGGAGUUCGACGACAGCUGUCGCUGGAGAUCCGGCGGUGGAGAUGUUGCCACUGUCAGAUUUAUCUUUUUUUUUCUAUCUUUUUGAAGAAAAAUUUACCAAAAUGCGGAGCAACAUGUACUGGAAAAAAUAUAGUUGUCACUUAAGAGAUUUCUCAGGGAAUACUUGGAGAGGACACUAAAAAUACCACUAUACCAACUAUAGAAGCUAUUAUUUUUUGUCUCAGUGGCCAAUAAAAGUGGUCUAGUGGUACCACGUAGACUUCUAAAGAAGCUUAUAAAUUUUAAUCACUCAAGUGGCCAUAAGCCGACUACUAUAGGGCCCACUAAUACGUCAAAACCCUAAAGGGACCACUAAACAUUUUUCAUAGCAAGCGAGAACUCUCUUCGAAGAUGUGUAGUAGUAGUGACUCCUGCGUAAAAAUUUUAGUUUUCGAGAUAUUCUUCUUCAAAUUUCGCCUUUAACACAGAAUUUAAGUCCAAACCUUCAAGCAACAAAGUUUUGAAAAGUAUUAAGCCUAACUCUAAAGUGACCAUCUUUGUAAGAGAAAAUUCUGAGAAUUCGAUUUUUCAAAGCUGUUUCCUUUUUUCAUCGACUAGGCUUUUGAAGAUGUGGCGAAGGUCUGCCUCGGUUCUACCGGAAGAAUCGCUUCUGAACGCGACGGGGACGGCGAUGAGACCCCAGGGAGGCUACGCCAGCGUUUAUAUCGAGCAGGACACGAAGGUAAGAAUCCAAAGAAGACGUCAAAAUAUGCCGAUGUUCAGAAAUCGAUCGACGUUCUCCGAUCGGACCCGAUCAGCUGCCAGAGCCGCACCGAGAACACUCUGACGUUCAGGUAUCAAGAAAAAAAGGACUGGACAAAAAAACCGUAAGAGGCGCUCAAAAUGUGCUCUAUGGAUAAUCUGAAACUCUGAUUUUUCGGAUUUUUUACAAAAGCUUCAUGUUUUCUCUCAUUUUUUCGCCGUGUUUUUUAACCUUUAUCAAUUUGGAAUUAUAGCAAAAAUUUCAUGAAAAUCGAGUUUUCUUGCACGAAUUCAUUAAUCAGAGCCUCACAGAGAACUUUCUGAUAAUCAGGUAUCAAAAAAAAACUUGAAAAAAGAGCCACGAUAAAAGCUGAAAGUGUGCUCCAAGGGGGCGCUAAAAGUGUGCUCCAAUGAUAAUCAUCAAUUCGAAUUUCGUUUUCACACUUUCCUCUCAAUUUUUUUCAAUCUAUCCGCGCAUGCUACCUGAUUCGGAGUUUGAGAAAAAAAAACCGAAAUUCUCAUAAAAAUCGAAUUUUUUUUUCUCCAAAUCCAUUAAUCAGUGCCACACAGAGAACAUUUUAACAUUCAGGUAUCAAAAAAAACUUGAAAAAAGAGCCGCAAUAGACGAUGAAAGUAUGCUCCAUGGACAAUCCAAAAAAAAAAACUUCUUUCACUUUUCAUUAGCUUUACCUUUCAAACUAUCCGAGCAAACUACCAAAGCGAGAAAAAAGCGAAAUUUUCAUGAAAAUCUGCUUCAAAUUUGCGAUGGAAUGGUUUGAGGCAAGCUAUUCAGUCAUAUACUCAAAGCGCUUCUGUUGACUUGAAAUCCUUCAUAAAAGCCUUCCAGAUUCUGGAAGUUUGGAGAAAUCGAACUGGAGGCCUGCGCCGUCGACAUGAUGCUCAACGACAUCGAGUGCUCGCCGAUCCCUCAAGCGGCCUCUCCGGCGACCGUCUCCGCCUCUUUCCGCAAGGCCGCCAACAACUUCAUGGUAGAGUUCGAGUGCAUGGAAAACAAAAAGAUUUUUUUUUCAGAAUAUAGAGAGAAAAUGAACUUAGGACUGGCAAAAUGAGAAAAAUCAAUGAAUAUCUCAACUUUAGACUUUAGAGAUCGUGGUAAACCUUACCAGGAAAUGGUCGCAGUGGGACUUCUGAAUGAGAACAGAUUUUCUAGAUGUAGUUUUUCACGCUGAUUCCAAUUCCGGUCUCAAAAGUUGCCACCGAGGUCUGUGAAAAAAGUUAUGGACCCUCAAAAGUCGAAAAUCUCAUGGUCUUCGAUCGAGCUUAUUUUUGGAGGGUAUGUAGAUUCUGUCCCUUUGACUUUUUCCAAAAAAAUGGUUAGAGAAUCCAUCAAACACGUCUCGAAUUCCCAUGAAAUGAAAAAUUUGGCUUCUAGCUGACCAUUAGAGUCUCGAAGUACAACGGCGACUUCGACAACAUGCUGAUCAUCGACGACAUUAUCUACCGAGCAACCUUGUGCUCGGACGCCCUCUCAGUCUUCGACGUCGGCGAGCAUUUUGUCUCGACCCCAAUGCUCAGUCUCCUCCUCAACCGCAACGUCAACACGGCCAAAGUACAGUAGCCCCUUGUCCUACACCGAAAACCUUCGUCUCAGGACCUGUCCUGCGACUUUUCCAAGAGAGCUUCCUCCUGCAUGUGGGGCGUUCUGAACGACGACGAAGAUGAGCACGAGAUCGCCGCGACUUCUUGGACCGUCGGCCAUGGACCGCUCAAUUCGGAGAAGCUUUAUUCCCUCACCGGACUUACGAUUGUCCCAGGUUACUGGAAGUUUUGAUUUUGUUCGAAGAAAUUGCGAGACGGAGCUUUUGAUGCUUCAAGCAAUCAGAGUUAGAAAGUUGAAGUUUGCUGGUUUCAAAAGAAUAUGAAAAUUAGAAUGAAUUGUUCCUUUGAGGCCAGUUUUUAAACGAAAUUUUCAUUCCCAGGCAUGAAAAUCAUGUUUUUCGCUUUAUUUUUGUAUGAAAAAAGCUCUCGGCUGUACAUGGGAGUUCCAGAGUGGGCAUUAGAGGGGUGAGGGGAAAAAGAGCCCCUAUAUGGGUCGCAAAGGGAUCCCUAUAGGGGUUUAAGGUCUGACCACUUAGCCCCUAAAGCUCAAGUGGACCCUAAAGGGGUGUCUCCAUUUGAUUAAAAAACGCUUAUUCAUUCAGUUUUUUCUCAUGGAAAUGCAUCUUUGCUUAGAGUUCAUAACAGUUAUCGACUAGCAUGUCUCCUAAAGGGACCACUUUUGCAAGCCUUAGUGGCCCCUAUAGGGGUUGGUAAAGUGGUCCCUAAGGUUACCCCUAUAGGGAUCACCUUGGAGUUCCUGAAAAAUCAAAAAUUUCGCUUCUUGUAGGAAGCUCUGCAGAAACGAUUCAUUUUUCUCACAAAUUUCCUUCGUUCAGACGGAGAAUUCGGAGUCGCCAAGUUUGAGACGGGCGGAACGGCGAUUCUUCUCUCAGAAGUUGUAAAAUGCGCUUUGGACAACGUCAGCGUCACUUUCAAGCUGUGGACGACUGGAAGCGCUUCUCUUAAGGUUUGGCUGAUUUUUCGCGACUUUUGCAUUUGAGUCGUGUUAUGACCGCCCUUUGAAAGGUAUCUCACAUACUUUGAAGCACUAUAGUCCGUUUUUCACGUCUUCUCUGCGCCCUCCUCGUCUCUCGGCGACCCUCUCAUGUUGACGUGCUAUUUCCAAGUUUCUCUGUCUUCGUCGGUGAGGGAACAGAGAGACGCCGACUCGCGAAAACUGUCACGGACUACAAAAAUCGGCUCCAAAACAAAAGUCGAACUUUUUUCUCCGGUUUUAUCAAUUUGCUUCAAAGAGAUCAACUUUUCAAGGUCUAUUUUUAUCUUUCUUGUCAGGUUUGCCUCGUGGAAGAGUCGUCUCCGUCGCUUCUCGACUGCCAACCCGCGACUUCUGGAACCGUCCAGGUCGACCUCCCCCAGAUCAAACGUCCCUUCCGGAUCGCAUUCCAUUCCGAAGCUCCUGACCAGGGCAUGGUCAUUGUCGAUGACGUCGUCGUUCAAGUCUGCCUCUCAGAAAUUCAAAAAUCAGAGAAUGGUUUCAGGGAAACGUGUGUCCUCCAACUCCGGCUCGACAGUACUCAUCCAAGUCCUUCCGGCCGAACUCGGAAAUCCCCGAUCCGAAUGUCUGCCGUCUUUUGUCCUGUGAUUUCCAUUCUGGCCACGCUUGUCUUUAUGAAGCUAGCCAAGUGGCCCAUUCGGCUUAUCACUCGGUGAGAAAUCAAUAUUCUCAAUUUUUUGAUUUCAAGGAGAUUUCAGGUGUCGCGAAACAAGGUGCAGGCAUUCUUGACCCGAAGCAAAACGGUCUUCAUUUUGGAAUCGCCGCAGUUCCAUCUCAACACCGUCGCCCGACUUCAUUUCACCUACGAACUCCAGGUUUUCUGAGUAUCCCGUGAUGGUUUUUGACGUUUUCCUAUCAGGGCGACGUCGCCUUGUUCAUCUGCAAUGACAGCGGCACGAAAGAGCUGGAAAGUUGCUUCAAAGUCGACGGCAAGUCCGGAGAUGACUACAUCGAGCUUCUCGCUAGUGAUACCAAGGUAUUGAGGAUUGGCUUUUUUUUACACACAUCUCACGAAAUUUGGAUAUGACAUUGUUAUUCAAAAACCUUUUCAGGAACUCCAAAGUGGUCCCUAUAGGGGUGACUUUUGUUGCCCUUGAAAAUCCCCCUCUAGUGAUAACUUCAUCUCCCCCCAUAGGGACCAUUAAAGCUUGCAAAAGUGGCCCCUAUAGGGGACACGGCUAGUCGUUUAUUUGUAAGAACUCUAUGACGCAUAGCCAUGCGAAAAAAGCUUGUCUUUUUAUAUUUCACUUCUGACCAGAAAAUCAAAAGAACCCUAUAGGGACCACCUAAGCGACCAGCUAAAUUCUACCCCAAAGCUUUACUUUUUCCCCUGUCAGGACCGUUUUUCCUCCUAACUCCUAUAGGGACCACUCUGCUGCUCCUUAAUCCGGAUUUUCAAAUUUUCAGGUCUACUUGAUCGCCAGACUCACUGAAAUGGGACAUUCUGGAAGCCUGAGCGUGAGCCGGAUCCAGCUCACCGACACGAAUGACACUCCCGUCUGCUGA